UAUCUGAAAAAAAAAGAGUGGAAAAAAGAGAGCCCCGAAGAGCCCGUGCCACCGCACAUUCGUGGGUGUUGUACCAAAAUCAUAAAUUCCGGACACUAUUUCGUGUUGAACGCAUCAGUGACAGAACGUACAUCACUGACAGUCCAAAUAAAAUAAUCAGCUGUUGAAAUAAAUUGAUGUGAAAUCGGUGAACAACCCUCCACUGACCAGAUCAAUUAAUCCCAGGAGGAGAUCCCCCAUCAGUGUGACAAGUUCUAGAAUCUAGAUUAUCCCAGUGACUGGUGUGUCGUCGCUGGAUCUGACGUCCUGGAAAAAUAAUAAUUGGAGUCUUUACGUGAAUACUCCUGUGGAUAAUUGUCCAUCAUUGUACUUCAUAUUGAGAGUGACCCGGUAAAAAAAAAAGGCUCGGCGCACGAGUUGACUCUCGUCGGUCUGCUUCGAUUUUCUCCGUUGCGCGACGAUGAGUUGCCCAAGAAACGCUGGCAAGAUCACGGUGCCCGACGAUCUCAGGGACAUACUGCUUGAGUUUACGAUUAGUUAUCUCCUGGAGCAGCCUGGAGAUAUUGUUGACUAUGCCGUUGAUUUUUUCACUCGUCUGCGAGAAAAUCGACAGACAAUGUUGAUUCAAGCUAAUGCCACCUGCUCAUCAACACCCGACGAAUCUGUCGACGAGGAACCCCCGGUUGGCAGAUUCGCUUCUCGACGAAAGAGUGUUUUCGCUGAGACUUAUAACCCCGAGGAGGAUGAAGAGGAUGAGGGUGUCAGGAUGGUACAUCCAAAAAGUGACGAGCAGCGUCAGAGGCUGGGAGAGAGCGUCAGGAAUAUUCUCCUAUUUCGUGCACUCGAUAAGGAGCAAAUGACAGACGUUCUAGAUGCCAUGUUUGAGAAGCACGUCCAGCCUGGUGACUUUAUCAUUCGUCAGGGCGAUGAUGGGGAUAAUUUCUACGUCAUCGAGAGGGGAAAGUUUGAGGUUUACGUCAAAGAUCCGACUGGGGCUCCUACUCUUAUUCAUACGUAUGAUAAUGGAGGUGCUUUUGGAGAGCUGGCACUUCUGUAUAAUAUGCCAAGGGCAGCGACUAUCAAGGCCCUCACCCAGGGAACCCUCUGGGCCAUGGAUCGCCAGACAUUUCGACGUAUAAUACUCAAGUCUGCGUACAACAAGCGAAAGAUGUAUGAGAAUCUUCUCAACAAAGUACCAAUGCUGAAGUCCCUUCAGAAAUAUGAGCGCAUGAAUCUCGCCGAUGCCUUCGUCUCGAAACCCUUCAACGAUGGUGAGCAGAUUAUUCGACAAGGGGAUAUAGCCGAUGGUAUGUACUUCGUGGAGGAUGGAGUGGUCAGCAUCACCAGGAUCAAUGACAAUGGACGUGAGGUCGAGAUAAACCGCGUCCCUGCGGGUGGAUACUUGGGUGAGCUCGCCCUAGUCACACACAAACCACGAGCCGCCUCUGCAUACGCCGUUGGAAACGUCAAAUUAGCCUUUCUCGAUGUGGAGGCAUUCGAGCGCCUCCUGGGGCCCUGCAUGGAGCUGAUGAAGCGCAAUAUCGAGGACUACGAGGAUCAGCUCGUAAAAAUAUUCGGCAGCAAAACCGAUAUAUCUGAUAUUCGAUGAAUAUCAUUCCCUCCCUUCGACUCGUCAUGGCUGUACGGUAAUAACUGAGAGAUAAACUACGGUAUAGUGACGUUAUAUUUAAGCACAAAAAGUCUUUAUCACCCGCUUGUUGAUUGAUAAUACGUUAAAAGCAUGCUGAAGAUUUAUUUACCCAAAAAAAAUAAUGUCAAGCGAUUUCAGAGCCAAAUAAUCCAUAGAAUGGAUCGAUGGGUAUUUAUUACGCUUAGCACAUCGUUCACACGUACCCUGAAUUUAAAAUGAGACGACAGUACAAUCUCGUACGUGAAAGCACACCGAGAAUUUUCCUUUCGCUUGAUUUAAAAAAAUUCAACACACGAAUAAAAAUGAAAAAAAAAAAAAACCUCCUAAGACUGUAAACCCAUUGGAAAGUAUUACAGUUCUACGAAUUUAUUUAAUUAUGUAGUAAGAAUAUUUCAUUGUAAUGCGUUUUAUUUUGGGUGAAAGGGGAAUAAUGAUAAAUUUCCCAUUGAUUUAACGAGGGAGAUUGAAAUGAACAAUUAUCCAGAGUAAUUAUUGAAGGGAUUACCAUCUCUACUCGUUGUUACGUUGGUACAAUCAUCAUUAUGGAGCUUCAUAAGUAAUUUAAAAAAAAUAUCUAAUGUUGAAUAUUAAUGGAGAACAAGAGAACAUCUCAGCAAUAGUGGAAUUAAUGUUUUGUGUGAUGUAUAUAAAUUAAGAGUGAUUAUUUAUUUUGUUGUGACGGUUAAUAGGAUUUGAAGUAAUUGGAAUUUAAAUUUGAUAAUUGUCGGUGGGAUUAUUCACUGAUUAAGUGAUAAAGAGUUAUACGAUUGGUGCAUUUUAUCAAUUCACUGAUGAAUUGUUUAUCCUAGCAGGAUGUUAGGUUUCCUGUACGUGCAUUGUAGAUUUAUUCUGAUCAAUCAUUCUAGUGUCUCGUUAUUUCGAUCAUCACAGUCGAUGUUCUUCCUGGAUCAUUUAAUUUUCAUUCAUAAAAUGACAAUUGUAAACGAUUUAGACGUUUCAAUGUUGUUGCGAAGUUGUAAAAUGGGAAGAGUCGAAUUAAUUUAUCAUGACAGUGAAUGACUAAUGGAUUUUUUUUUUAAAAAGAAAAUGGAAAAAUUCGACUUAACUCCAUUUAUCAUUUCGCCAAUGAAUCUCUCAGCAAGUGCUGUACAUAGCAUAAUGAGAUCAUUUACCCCAGCAUUCACUGCAUUGUAUUUAAUUUCCAAUGAGAAAAGCCUGAAAAAAUCCCCCAGUCCUGAAAGUAUUCCCCUGUUAUCAGUAAAUGAAGUGAGAAAUUUUAAUGACUCAAGAUCUAUUUAUAUAGAAUAAUAACUAGUAUUAUCCACUGGGGAAUCUCGAGAAAUAAUCGAUACAUUUUCUUCUGCAUUUCAAAUCAUCAGACCUGGUAAAAUGAGACUAUUAUUUCACUUAUAUCUCGAUUACUAUCGAUUUACGUAUUGAGAAAUUUAUUUAUUGAUGUUCACAUUAACGACAAAGGCCUCCAGAUAUUUAUUUCUCAAAGCAUUAGGUUCUCUGAUAAAUUUCAUUCAACAGAACUGAAACCCUUGAUUUAUCUCACUUUACCAGAUCCCAGGGAAUUCUUCUCCACAUUAAUUUUCACUUCGAUAAUUUAAUCACGAAAAAUCCAAAGUUACAUUACGUAAGAACCAAUAAUCAUUGUGGAGAACAUAGAAAAUUCAAAAUAUAAAUAGCAGCGCGAGUUAUAAAUCUCGUGCAUUAUGUGUCAUCGUAGUGAGUAUUUUCUAAACGUGAAAUAAUUAAAUAAACAGGUGAAGAAUUGAGAGAAGUGCAGGGCAGAUGUACAAGGACAAAUUGUCACCUUAUUUUCACGGAAGCCAAAAAAAACGUAUGCAUAAUAUCAGUAACAAUAGUCGUACUAGUUAAUAAUAUUAAGCAUAAACUAAAAAUAAUGGAGUAAAAGUCAAAUAUGAAUUUUAUUGAUUCUUUUGGGCACGGCCGAUACGUUUGCACAAUUUGGCUUCUGAAAAAAUAAUUCAAUAUAAAAAUUCUCAAAGUUUAUUUAUCAUAAUUGAAUGAGCGAUGUCAAAUACUUUUGCUGUUAAAUCAGACUCUAUUAGUGUCAAGUCUCUCUUUUCUCCAUUAAAAAUUGGAGAAGAAAGACAAUUUCCAUUACAAAAAAUUGCUUUACUGCAAUUGAAUUGUCUCGAUUUCUUCGUCACGAGGUAAAUUAUCCUAGUACUUAAUCCAUAGAAUAUCGCAAGAAUGUGGUGGUUGUAUUCGUCCAAAGGAAUUAUUUAAAUAAUCGGUGGAAGGAUAUUGUUUUCUUUAUUAAAAAUUCAUAAUCACUCGGUGUAUUUUAAUCGAUGGAUAUUCUCUUUGUUUACCAAACUUCAUCAUUCAAUGACAGCAAGUAAGAUAAUUUUUAUUUAAUUACGAUUGAAACGCGAAUGAAUAGAUCAAUGGAGAUAAAAAAUUUAUAAUUCAGAGAUAUCGGUGCAGCUGGUCUGCCCUCGAGCUUUGAAAUUUUCAUAUCAAUCGAGAAUAUCCCAAAAAGUUAACAUAAAAACAGCAGUGAAUUAUUUUUUUUUCGUUCAAACUAGAGUCGCAUUGACGUACUGUUUAUUAAUUAUUUUAUUCUAGUCCCUAAGUUGUUCGUUAUGUCAGUGAAAAAUUGAUUAUCUGUGAAUCACGAUGAGAAUAAUUGAAAUAUUUAGUGGAGAUGGAUAAUUAUGUAAUGGCCAAUUACUGAUUAAUAUUGAACAGCUGGCGCUACUCGGAUAUGAUGCUCACAGCUUAACAACAACCUGAUUAAUUAAUGAAUCAGUUAAUUGAAUCACGCGAGUCUUUGAGAUUAUUCGCGGUGAUUCGGCGGUGAAUUCAAUCGAGCUCCGGGGUAUUAUUUCGAGGGCGAGGCGAGAUUAAUAAUAAGUAUAUUAAAUAAAAAUAGAUAGUGUAAUCAAAGUUGACUAUAAUAAAUGAAUGGACCUGAAA